AUGGUAUGGGCGGUGGAUAGAGAGCACCUGGCAGAGGUGCUGGACAGACUAAGAUAUAGGAUCAACUCACUCCUAUAUUGCUUGCUCUAUUUCAUGGAAUCUGAAGUUAGCAAAUUGUAUAGGGAUGUUCCUUUAGAGGUUCAGGGACGUUGUGAUUGGAGAGCAUCAGGAUUAUUUCUCGAAUGUGAUUUCUGCACUGAUGCUGAGAAAUUGGUUCUCAAGGGAUGUGUGGCGUUCUUAGCCUAUGUUAGGAUUUCUGCUUCUAGGGACUCUAUUGUAAAGGGUAUUCACACUGUAAGGGAUUUUCCAGAUGUCUUUCUUGAGGAGCUACCGGGGUUACCUCCGAAUCGUGAAGUGGAGUUUGGGAUAGAACUCCUUUCUGGUACAACUCCAGGAACACCAAUUCUUUUUGUAGAGAAGAAGGAUGGACUCAUGCGGAUGUGUAUAGACUAUCGUCAGAGGAACAAGCUAACCAUUAAGAACAAGUAUCCACUUCCAAGGAUUGAUGACCUGUUCGACCAGUUCCGAGGGGCUUUUGUAUUCUCUAAGAUUUACUUACGUUCUGGGUAUCACCAGCUGAGGGUUAAGGAUGCUGAUGUGUAUAAGACGCAAGAGAGUUUUAAGAAGCUCAAAACUGUGUUGACUGAGGCUCCUGCUCUGAUACAGCCAGAAUCUGGGAAGGAGUUCACAGUUUAUAGUGAUGCAUCAUAUGUCGAUUUGGGAUGCGUGUUGAUGCAGGAUGGUAAGUUCGACGAUGGGAGUUUGUUGGCUGAACUGCAAGUCAGACUGAAUUGGAUUGAGCUUAUUAGGGUUAAGCAGUUGGGUGAUGAGUCACUAGGUCUUUGGUUCAGUCAGGUUGAGAGUGGUGACACUACGAAUUUGAGAAUGAACAGUGCUGGGUAUUCUAUGGAGGACUUCGUGUUUCUUAAGGUGUCACCAUGGAAGAAGAUUCUGAGGUUUAGCCGUAAGGGUAAGUUGAGCCCUAGGUUUAUUAGGUCAUACAGGGUUUUGAAGUGGGUGGGACCAAUUGCUUACCAGUUAGAGCUACCUCUGAAGUUGGAUUGCAUUCAUGAUGUAUUCCACGUCUCGAUAUUGAGGCAUUACCACUCUAAUCCUACUCAUAUUGUUCCUAUUGAGGAGAUCGAGGUUAGGCCAGACUUGACCUUUGAGGAGGAGCUGGUUCAGAUUUUGGAUCGGGACGUAAAGGUUUUGAGGAGGAAGUCUAUUCCUUUGGUGAAUGUUCUAUGGUGUAAUCAUAGCACUGAGGAGGCCAUGUAG